UCUGCGGCUGUUGGAGUAGUGCACCUGCCGCCAUAUUUGUGGUCUGUGAGUGCUGUGCUACCUUGGUGGAUGAUUGCUCCUACUGUUUUCCUGCUGGUGAUUCUACAUAUAUAAGGGUGCUGUUUGCUGCUACACAUUGUGUCACUUGCUGCCAUACUUAUUGUGAGUGGUGUUCUGCUUAUGGUGUUAGUGUGGAUUUGCUGCUGCUGUCAUCCUACAGGAAUUGUUAAAAUACUUUCACUGGAGUUCAUUGUGUACUAUUGCUGCUGUUAAGUAAAGCUGUUCUUGCUGUUGCUGCUAUCCUCCUAUUGGUGCAUUAUUAUUAUUAAUAUUGAAGUUUUGCUUACUGGUUGUGAAUUAUCAACGUGCUCCUGUCUGCUGUUAAUGUAUUUUACGGGCUAUUUAGUGCACUUUUGAAUUUGUUUGCUACCAACCAUUUUUAAGAUGCCGCUUGCUAAAACUUACAAAUGUGGUGUUUGUCUGGAAGAUAUUGCCAAGAAUCGAGCCAGUGUCCUAUGCAAAAAUUGUUCACUGUGGAUACAUGUUAGCUGUACAGAUCUUCAAGAAAAAGCACUCACUUUAUUAAAAGACAGUAAGUCUUUAUCUUUUACUUGUUCCAAAUGUGACAAAAACCCAAAUUCUGGUAUGGAUAAAAUACGCGAAGAGGUUUGUGCCAUUAGCUCUAAACUUGAUUUAUUUAUUGAUAAAGUGGGCAAUGAUCAAAGAUCUAUUCAACAAUCUCUAAUGGAUACUGUCGCCGGCUUUCGAACAGAAAUGACAACUUGCUUUAAGGAUAUGAAGGCUGAAAUACUUAAUUGUAAUAAACUUAUUGGUUUUAUUGACACGUCGACUACUAAAAGAAUUAAUACUUUAGAGGAUGAAAAUAAUGUCUUAUACAAGAGACUCAAUCGUGCUGACGUCAUUAUUAUUGGUUUGCCAGCAGGUCUGGGUGACCUAGUGGAUCCUAUCAUUAAAAUAGGAUCUGUCUAUAAUAUCCCUAUCUCUCGCGUCGACAUUAAUCAUGCCUUUUACUUUAAGAAUCAAAAAGCUAUUUUAGUAAAAUUCAAUAAUGUUUUUUUGCGUGACCAGUUAAUGGCGGAGUAUUUCAAAACCAGAACCUUAAGAGUCUGCGAUGUUAUUGGAGGUGAAAUUGAAUCACGUAUAUAUUUAAAUGAUCACCAUUCCCCAGCUGCUGGCCGGUUAAAUAUUGUAUGUAAGAAGCUUCUCCGUAAGGGCAUAAUUAUUAAAUUUAAGAUGCUUAAUGGUGAUAAGUUACGUGCUAAGCUGACCAUGGCUGAUGGAAAGAACGUGGUUUGCGACUCCGUUGAAUGUGCUGCAUUACUUAAUGAAUAAAUUUUGGGAAAUAUUGCUUGAAUUUACCCUGGAAAGUUUUUAUAUGCUCUCAUGUUGGUUUUCUUUUUAAAAUAAAUGUAAAAAUGACAAUUUUUUUUUAGUACAGGAUAACGUCCUUGUUGUUCAGACUGAGACCUGCAUAUCUGAUGUGUAAUGGAGCAAUCCCAAUAUACUUACUUGAGUUAUAUGUACUUGUGUUUUAUUUUAUUUACCAC